UUGUCCAAAUAAGGGGAGGCUGAGGUGGCGAUUGGUGGGGGCCGGUUAGGAGGGGGCCCCGGGUAGAUAAAGCACCCAGGGGCGGCAUCCUUGUUCACUCGCCAUCCAAGCUUCGAGCACUCCACAGUUCUUCUUCACCGAGAGACACCCCAACAAAGUACAGCAAGAUGUGUGACGAUGAUGUUGCGGCGUUGGUCGUUGACAACGGCUCCGGAAUGUGCAAAGCCGGCUUCGCUGGAGAUGACGCCCCAAGGGCUGUCUUCCCCAGCAUCGUCGGUCGCCCAAGACAUCAGGGUGUGAUGGUCGGUAUGGGUCAAAAGGACAGCUAUGUAGGAGAUGAGGCCCAAAGCAAGAGAGGUAUCCUCACCCUCAAAUACCCCAUCGAACACGGUAUCAUCACCAACUGGGAUGAUAUGGAAAAGAUCUGGCACCACACCUUCUACAACGAACUGAGAGUCGCCCCUGAGGAACACCCCAUCCUCCUCACCGAAGCCCCAUUGAACCCUAAGGCCAACAGGGAAAAGAUGACCCAGAUCAUGUUUGAGACCUUCAACACCCCGGCCAUGUACGUCGCCAUCCAGGCUGUCCUCUCCCUGUACGCCUCUGGUCGUACCACCGGUAUCGUCCUCGACUCCGGAGAUGGUGUCUCCCACACCGUCCCCAUCUAUGAAGGUUAUGCCCUUCCCCACGCCAUCCUCCGUCUCGACCUCGCCGGCCGUGACUUGACUGACUACCUGAUGAAAAUCCUCACCGAGCGUGGUUACUCUUUCACAACCACCGCUGAGAGGGAAAUCGUCCGUGACAUCAAGGAAAAACUUUGCUAUGUCGCCCUCGACUUCGAGCAGGAAAUGGCCACCGCCGCCGCCUCCACCUCCCUCGAGAAGUCCUAUGAACUUCCCGACGGUCAGGUCAUCACCAUCGGUAACGAGAGGUUCCGUUGCCCAGAAGCCCUCUUCCAACCUUCCUUCUUGGGUAUGGAAUCUUGCGGUAUCCACGAAACUGUCUACAACUCCAUCAUGAAGUGCGACGUCGAUAUCAGGAAAGACUUGUACGCCAACACCGUCCUCUCCGGAGGUACCACCAUGUACCCUGGUAUCGCCGACAGGAUGCAGAAGGAAAUCACCGCCCUCGCUCCUUCCACCAUCAAAAUCAAGAUCAUCGCUCCCCCAGAAAGGAAAUACUCCGUAUGGAUCGGUGGCUCCAUCCUCGCCUCCCUCUCCACCUUCCAGCAGAUGUGGAUCUCCAAGCAGGAAUACGACGAAUCCGGCCCCGGAAUCGUCCACCGCAAAUGCUUCUAAGAAGCCGGCCAAAUCCAUCCACACCGAAUACAUCACCACCAUCAACAACAAAAGUGCGCCAAAAAAUAUUUAUUUCAAUCGAACUGUGGUGGGCGCCUUAUUUUAUUUUUUGACAUGUCA